AUGAUCUCUAGAAGCCUAUUGGUUGUGAUGGUGGCCGUGAUGGCGAUGGUGUUGGCGGAGGAAGUGGUGGAUUUGGUGGAGGAAGAGGAGCUGGCGGAUUCGGAGGCGGCAACGCACUUGGCGGCGGCGGAGGAGGAGGAAGGAGGAGGAUACGGCGGUGGUCGAGGAGGCGGCGGUGGAGGCGGAAGUGUGCUCCCCGCAGUUUUCCUUGGAAGUGGACAGCUCUCCGCCGGUGGAGGCGGUGGAUUCGGAGGUGGUGGCAGUGGAGGCGGUGGAUUCGGAGGCAGCGGUUUUGGCAGCGGUGGAUUCGGAGGUGGUGAUGGUGGCCGUGAUGGCGAUGGUGUACGUUGCUGCGGCUGGAGGAGGAUAUGCGGCGGCGGCGGCGGCGGCGGCGGCGGCGGAGGAUACGGCGGAGGUCGAGGAGGCAGCGGUGGAGGUGGAAGUGUGCUCCCUGCAGUUUUCCUUGGAAGUGGACAGCUCUCCGCCGGUGGAGGUAGUGGAUUCGGAGGUGGUGGCAGUGGAGGCGGUGGAUUCGGAGGCAGUGGUGGAUUCGGUGGCAGCGGCGGUGGAAGCGGUGGAUUCGGAGGCAGUGGCGGUGGAAGCGGUGGAUUCGGAGGCAGCGGCGGUGGAUUCGGAGGCAGCGGCAGUGGAAGCGGUGGAUACGGAGGCAGCGGCGGUGGAAGCGGUGGAUUCGGAGUGCCACACUUUUACCUCUGCCUUUGUUCCUUUAACAGUAGGACAGAAAAUCGGAGAAUGAGUUUAAAACGCCCAUUGGUAGUGAUGGUGGCCGUGAUGGCGAUGGUGUACGUUGCUGCGGCUGGAGGAGGAUAUGUGGAAAGCUCUCCGCCGGUGGAGGCGGUGGAUUUGGAGGUGGUGGCAGUGGAGCCGGUGGAUUCGGAGGCAGCGGUUUUGGCAGCGGUGGAUUCGGAGGCAGCGGCGGUGGAAGCGGAGGAUUCGGAGGCAGCGGUGGUGGAAGCGGUGGAUACGGAGGCAGCAGCGGUGGAAGCGGAUGACGUCUCUGAUGUUAGAACUCUCGCUUUUUUGGCUGCUUUGUGUUGUUAUAAAAGUAGGACAGAAAAUCGGAGAAUGAGUUUAAAACGCCCAUUGGUGGUGAUGGUGGCCGUGAUGACGAUGGUGUAUGUUGCUGCGGCUGGAGGAGGAUAUGUUUUCCUUGGAAGUGGAAAGCUCUCCGCCGGUGGAGGCGGUGGAUUCGGAGGUGGUGGCAGUGGAGCCAGUGGAUUCGGAGGCAGCGGUUUUGGCAGCAGUGGAUUCGGAGGAAGCGGCGGUGGAAGCGGUGGAUUCGGAGGCAGCGGCGGUGGAAGCGGUGGAUACGGAGGCAGCAGCGGUGGAAGCGGUGGAUUCGGAGAAUUAGAAACCUAG